AUGAAUUUCUUUUCGUGCGGCCGCGGGGCGCUGCUGCGUGAACCUCGUGGGCUGCCGCCUUUUUCUUCCUUCCCUCUCCCUGCUCUCACCCUCUGCGCCGAGCCCCACCGCGCUCCUCAUUUCUCUCUCUGUUUCUUCUUCCCCGCUGCCCCGCAGCCCACUGGCUCCGCUGCGACGCUACUGCCACCACCGCCACCACCGCUGCUUUUACGGAUGGCGACGACGCUGACGGUGCGGCGCCGUGCGGUGUGCGCCCUGGCGCUCCUCGCGCUGCUCUGCGGCUGCUGCUGCGCUUCGUUUGCCUGCGGGGCGAGUGCUGAAGGGCCUGCGGCCAACGUGAAAGUGUCGGUGGAUGUGUCGUGCCCGAACACUAACGACAACAAGUUGCGUUGGCGCAUUGCCGGCAAAGGGGAUUCUGCCUGGAGGACGUGCCCCACCACACCGGAGGGUUUUGGGGGCAGUGAAACCGCCGCUGCUGGCAGCAAUUCCCUCUGCAUCUUUGCUGGUUCGGCGUACCUGGAGAAGUUCCCGGCGGGGAACUGCCCUGCACCCCAGGCAGCAGGGGACACAGACGCUGCUUUGUUCACGAUGAACUGUACGGCGGCCGCAAACAGUGCGCUGUACAAUCUGACGAAGGGCGUAAGCGACACCCUCACCAUCAGUGAAACGGAGGAUCCACUUGGCGCGUCCGGCGAUUGUGAGUUUCUGACCUCCAGUCAACCCACGACGCAAGCGCAGUCUGAACCCCAACCUACAGAACAACAGCAGCCAGCAGGCCCACCACAACAAAAACCGGCAAAUGCAGCAACAGCGUCACCUUCGGCGCAAAUGCAUGAAGGAGACCGUACGAAGAGUGGGGGCUCCACUGCUACUGUUGGGGGGCAGCCAGGCAGUGCGGUGGGUUCCACCGGAAGUCAGGAGCAAUCGGCGGAAGCCCCUCAAAAAACACCAACGCCGUCGGUUGGCACUGCGGUUUCGUCAGCACAGACAACAAACGGGGCAGCAGAUGCACCCGAAGGUACACAAACACCUUCAAACCCCCAAGGCCGAUCUGCCACGCCCAACGCCACCACUCCCGCCAGCGACAAUGAUGGAGCCGCCACCACGACGGCGACCACCCGCAGUUCGAGUGAU